AUGAUAAGAAAGACUGUCGACAAGAGAUCAGACGUUUGGUAUCCACUCAUGUCUUUUCCCAAGAAAAAACAAAAAAGCAUUCCUUUGGCCGAACAAUGUUUGCGGCCAAACAAUAGCUCCAAUGGUUGCGACAGUGAGGCCAUUGAUUUAAGCAAAUCUGUCAAACAUAGCAAACCCGAUGACCGCAAACAAACACUCGCUUCCAAUGAGACGGAAAACACGAAUGACUCCGAGAGCGCCUCCGCCGGCACUACCAAAAAGAAACGCAACCCUUUCUGCCAGACCUGUCAGAAUCAUGUCGAUAAAGAUGGCCACAAAAGGAGGUGCCCGACGAAAGACUGUCCAUGUGCGAAGUGUGAGAUAUCCCGCGAUAAGCGCGUUCUUAUGGCCAAAACCAUAAGUGUUAAGCGAAAACUGAAAGAGGAUUUGAAUGAUCUCGAAAACGGCAAACUAGAAGAGUCUCAAGUGUUUGAUGAGCCCGUCUUCAAGAAACAGAGAUCCCAUCCAAAUGAGAGCGCAGGCGCAAAGAAAGACAAAGAGUGCGAAUCGGACGAUGAAAACAGCAAUAGUCGGCAAUCAAUCAAACCUUUAGAUAAAAUACAAAUCAAAGAUAUGGUGGACAAGAUGUGGCCCAACCUGUUGUCCGUUCAAAACAUUGACAAAAUAUUGUUAUGGAUUCUGUUGAGAGGAAAGAGUCUCAAAAAUUAUAACCCAAAAACAAUAAGCAAUUCAAUAGUGAAAGCGUCUGAGAAUUUGCCCGAAAGCGAGAGGUUGUCUGCGAUGGCCAGCACUGCCUCACCGCUCAAACCGAUACCAAUGCGAUCGGCCAUCCCUUCAAUCCCUGUUUCCUUUGCUAACCUUAACGGUGGGGAAGGACUACAGUGUUAUCGCUAUAUAGAUCCCAAUAUGUUUUCUAACUUUUAUCCCAAACACUAUCCGCCAAUGGGUUCUAAGUCUCCAAUGAUUAAAUAA